AUGGCAUGCAGUCAGUUUAUACCAGCCAUUCAAAUUGGUGCACCUAUCACCUACUGGGGUCCACUGGGAUUUGUACUUACGAUAACAUUGAUUCGCGAAGCUCUCGAUGAUUUUGUACGCUUUUUACGAGACAAGGAGUUGAAUGGAGAGAAGUAUGAACGAUUAACUCGAGAUGGGACAAGGGUAGAAGUCAAUAGCAGUGAUAUUGAAGUGGGCGAUGUGAUUAUAAUAGAGAAGGAUCGACGAGUUCCUGCUGAUGUUGUGUUGCUACGAACAACGGAGAAGUCUGGUGGAUGCUUUAUACGAACCGACCAGCUGGAUGGAGAAACUGACUGGAAAUUACGUAUUGCUGUUCCGUUCACACAACACACGAACAACGAAGCUGUAAGGGAUAUAAUGGAGAUCAAUUGCGAAAUUUACGCAGAGAAACCGCAGAAAGACAUUCAUGCAUUUGUCGGCACAAUCAAGGUGACCACUGAAGAUCAAGUGCAGGAUGGAUCCCUAAAUGUGGAAAAUGUCCUAUGGGCGAAUACUGUGCUUGCUAGUGGCACAGCGGUAGGAAUCGUCGUCUACACAGGAAGGGAAACUCGAUCAGUAAUGAACACAACCCUACCAGAAAGCAAAGUUGGCUUGCUUGACCUUGAGGUCAACAACUUGACGAAGUUAUUGUUUGUGUUCGUGAUGGUCCUCGCAUCCGUAAUGGUCGUCAUGAAAGGACUUGAUGCGAAUUGGUAUCGAUACUUGAUGCGAUUCGUGUUGCUGUUUUCAUAUAUCAUUCCGAUUUCGCUACGAGUCAACCUUGAUAUGGCUAAGUUCCUUCUGUUUUUACUCGUUAUUCUUCGAACAAUUAGUGAUUUUGGCGGUCACAUACUGUUCUAUGCAUGGCAAAUUGGACGUGAUAAACAAAUACCCGAAACUGUAGUGCGUUCCUCAACUAUACCGGAAGAACUUGGUAGAAUCUCUUUUCUGUUAUCCGAUAAGACUGGAACUUUGACGAAGAACGAGAUGCACUUCAAGAAGAUACACUUGGGCACGGUUGCGUUUAGUUCUGAUGCGUUUGAAGAAGUAGCACAUCAUGUUGCUAGCGCUUACACAAGUCGACUAGGAAGGCAUUCGUUCUCCGCUAAGCUGCAGUCUGCCGUAGAAGCCAUUGCACUUUGUCAUAAUGUUACUCCUAUUGUUGAAAAUGGCUCUGUAUCCUACCAAGCUGCGAGCCCUGAUGAGGUGGGCAUAAUUUCUACAUGGAAGAUGCCUUUUUGGAUACUUAUUGUUUCUAAGGUUGCACUAGUGAAAUGGACGGAAAGUGUUGGAGUACGAUUGGCUCAACGUGAUUUACAUUCUAUACAACUUCAGCUUAGUAUUGGGCAGACUAAGAUUCUUCAUGUGUUUCCAUUCACCAGUGAGACCAAAAGGAUGGGCAUCGUUGUGAAGGAUGAAACUACAGACGAGGUUUACUUGCUGAUGAAAGGAGCUGACACAGUCAUGGCUGGUAUGGUACAGUACAACGAUUGGCUUGAGGAGGAGUGCAGCAACAUGGCUCGCGAAGUUUAUCUUCUCUUUGAGUUCGAACUCCGUCCCUCUGCAGGCCUUCGUACUCUUGUUGUCGCUAAACGCUCAUUGUCUGCUGCCGAGCUGGAAGCUUUUGAUCGUGCCUAUCACACUGCGAAAAUGUCCAUAACUGACAGAUCCCAGAAUAUGCAGAAUUGUGUGAAUCGAAUGCUUGAGAAAGAUCUGCAACUUCUUUGUCUGACUGGUGUGGAGGAUAGGCUUCAGGACCAAGUGACAACAUCACUCGAGCUUCUUCGAAACGCAGGAAUAAAAAUUUGGAUGCUGACUGGAGAUAAACUGGAGACAGCCAUAUGCAUUGCAAAAUCGAGUGGACUGUUUUCGAGAACGGAUAAUGUCCAUGUCUUCGGAUCAGUUCAAAACAGGACGGAAGCACAUAAUGAGCUUAAUGCGCUAAGAAGGAAAAGUGAUGUGGCUCUUGUGAUGCAAGGCUCUGCUCUAAACGUUUGUUUGCAGUAUUAUGAAGCCGAGGUUGCGGAAUUGGUUUGCGGAUGCACUGCUGUUGUAUGUUGUCGCUGUUCGCCUGAACAAAAAGCGCAAAUUGUCCAAUUGUUACGUAAGUACCGUGCACCUCUUCGAGUAGCUGCCAUUGGUGACGGAGGAAACGACGUGAGCAUGAUCCAAGCUGCCCAUGCUGGUAUCGGAAUCGACGCCAAUGAAGGUAAUGCGAAAACAAGCAUCGCUUGCUGCGGACUUUUCCAUCACGCAGUUUUCGCAUGUUUGCCGACUUCUUCUUGUCCAUGGACGGUUUUGUUACAAGCGGUCAUGCGCACUAUCUCAGUUUGUGAUGCACAGGGGUCUCAUUAUAUCUACCAUGCAAGCUAUAUUCUCAUGCGUAUUUUACUUCGCCUCUGUAUCGCUUUACCAAGGUGUUCUUAUGGUCGC